GGGGUCUAGUGGGCGGUACCUCACCGGCUUCACUCUGAUUGGUCAAGCACUCAGCAGCGCUCUUUAGUGUCUCAUCAGUAAGUACCUCACCGCAACUUUUCAUAUUAGUCUCGAAGACAUUAGCGUGCAGUGGCAGCGGGACUCGUUUACGGUCGACAGUUGAACAGACUGUGUGUGAAGUGCUCUUACCAAGCAAAGUGGACCGCGCCGAACAGCAGGAUGGCAACUCUUUCACAGAUAAAGGAAGUGUUCCGGAGAGCAGAAGCUGUCUGUUUUGAUGUGGACAGCACCGUCAUCAAAGAAGAAGGCAUAGAUGAACUUGCCAAAUUUUGUGGUGUUGGGGAUGCAGUCACUGAAAUGACCCGAAAAGCUAUGGGUGGCACAAUGACAUUUAAAACAGCCCUGACUGAGCGUCUUUCCAUCAUCCGAUGUUCCAGGGAACAAGUGAACAAACUGAUAACGGAUCACCCACCUCAGCUGACUCCAGGUAUCGGGGAGCUUGUGGACCGUCUGCACCAGCGAAACAUAAAGGUGUUCCUCAUCUCAGGCGGUUUCCGCUGCAUCGUUGAACAUGUGGCAACUCAGCUAAACAUUCCCCUGGAUCAUGUUUACGCCAACCGGCUCAAGUUCUACUUCAAUGGAGAGUAUGCCGGUUUUGAUGAGAGCCAGCCCACAGCUGAGAGUGAUGGAAAAGGAAAAGUCAUCACCAUGUUAAAGGAAAAAUAUGGCUUCAAGAGUGUGGUGAUGAUUGGAGAUGGAGCGACUGAUGUUGAGGCGUGCCCUCCUGCUAGUGCGUUCAUUGGAUUUGGUGGAAAUGUCGUCAGGCAGCAGGUUAAGGAGAAGUCUUUGUGGUACGUGACCAGUUUUGGGGAGAUGCUAAAGGAACUGGAAAAGAUUUAAAGAAGCUAAGAGUACUGUUACUAAUUUUUAACAUUUUAUAUAUUGCAUCUACGGUUGUGCUUGUGAUUCCUGCACAUUUUCCUUCUCUCAAUAGAUUUUUAUAAUGAAUGAAAAUGUUUACAUUAGUGAGACCAAUUUGACCUUCAUGACAAUGUUGCUCUAUUGACUUUUAUACUAGAAGAUACUAAAAGAAUAACACUGUUUGUCGAGGUUUAGAAGAAGAUGAGAGUUUUUGCACAUUUUGUAGUCAACGCCUUUAGGUAAGCUAAUACAACGUGUGCGUAUUAGUAUGCAAUGAGCAAUAGAAAUGUUUUAUUUCUAUAUGUAACCAGACAUGUCAAUAAGUAUUGUCAUGUGAAGAACAUCUGCAUUAAACAUAAGAACAUGCUGUCAAAGAUGUUGAACUGCUUUAA